AUGAAGGGUAUAUCGGGGCGUGUGCGGCUGCUGCUGCAGCUGCUGCUGCUGCUGUAUGUAGCAGCAGCAGCCGCUCCGAGUCUUUCUCUUGAAGAGGUACCUGUAGAGGUUGGAGUAGAAACUGUUGAGGCAGUAGAACCAGCAGAGGGUUCAUUAGAAGAAUCAGCAGCAUUACUAGGAGGUGCAUCAGGAGCACCAAUAGAAGGAGGAAGUGUGGGGUCUUCUCACCGCCCCCGAUCCCGACGAUCCUCUCGAUCCCCUUCAUCUGUAAUUAGAUUAAGUGGAGGGAGAAGAACUGGUAGCAACCGCAGCACAUCUCCGAGCAGCAGCAUGCGCAGCAGCAGCACAGCUAACAGCAACAAGAAAUCUUGGCUGUCUACACUUGCAGGUUAUGUGUCAACAAUUGUCUUAGGGGUUUUACUUGCGUAUGUCUUAUUAGCAGAGCGGCGUGCUGCUGCUGCUGCUGCUAUACAGGAAAGAGAAGCAGAGCAAGGAGAAGCAGCAGAAGAGAGUCGUAAAGCAACAGAAAAAGCCAUAGAGAGAGAAACAGAGUAUUGCAACAGCGCUAAAGAGGAGAUCGAUAGAGUUGAGGCAGAAACAGCAGCAGCAACAAAGCUGCUGCAGCAGCUGCAAAGCAGAACAGAUGCAUUAAUGGCCAGAGCAGCAGCAGCAUCUCUAGAAGAAAACACAAGAGGAGACGAGGAGCUAGAUGCUGUAAGAGAACGGAUGCAGAAAGCAUUAACAGAAAGAUAUGCGGCGCACUUAGGUGUAGAUAUGAUGACAGCUUUGCAGGGAGUAGAUGAUGAAGCUGCAGCAGAAGCGCUGCUGCGGGAGCUGCAGCAAGAAACUAAGCUCCUUGAAGAAGAAGACAAGCGUAUUGAAGAUACAGUAGAACGGCUGCAGAAGUCAGAGACAGUAGAGGAGGUCCUUCAAGCCAAACAAGAGCAGCUGCAACGUCUUCUAGACUUAGUAAGUCAAAGCCGUAGUGAAGUAGAAGCAUUAGAGCAAGAAGUAAAAGCCGAAGAAGCAGCAGCAGGUGGCGACUCUGCUGAAGCAAAAGAAGAGUCAAAAAAGCUUGAAGAAGACAUCAAAGAGCUUGAGGAAGAGCUGCAGGUGCUGAAGGAACAGCUGCAUCAGCAAGAGAUUUACGAGUCUCUAAGCCCUGAGCAGAAGGAGUUAGUAGAUGCUAUACGAGCUGCUGACAAAGAGAAGGAAGCGCUUGAAGAAGAAUUAGAGCGUACAAGACAAUCCCCUAGUUUGUUUUUAUUUAGAAAAGUAGCUCUUGAAGACGGCAUGGAAGAUUUACAGAAAAAUGCACCCUUCAUAAAUACUCUUAUUACUCCUCCUCAACCCUCUCCUGACGAUGUCGAUCCUCUAGUUCUUGAACAAAAAUUGAGCCAACUAUAUCCUGAAGAACAGAGGCUAGUAGACGCAAAACGAGAUGUGGUGCAGGCAUCAGAGAGACUGCAAACCGUAGAAGCAGAGAUUGAAGUAGAUAAAGCAAGGACUGAAGAUGUAGAAUUAGCAAGGGCCUUAUGCGAUUUAUUGAGAGCAAAGGCAUCUAUUACAGAAGACGAAAUGAGGGAGGCGGGAGCUCUAGAUUUUGCAAAGAAAGUAGCAGAAAGUGCAGCAGCAGCAGCAGAAGGAAAGCCGCAGAGUAUCAAAGAUAUUACAGGGAUUAUGACGGACCCUGAGCCUCUUCGUCUUGCUAAAGAUUUGGCAGCAGCAGCAGAGAGGAGCUGGCUGGACAGCCAAGAGAGAAGGCUAUUAUUAUUUGAAACUAAAAAUGAAUUAGAGGGUAUGUUAGUGGAAGCUAGGGAAGCAACAGAAGAAGCAGAGAGAGCUGUUGAACGCUUAGAAACGAUGCUAGAGAAAAGGAUGAAGAUGCCAGAGGCUGAAGCAUUUGCUCGUAUGGAUCGUGAUUCUAGGAUGUUAGGUGGUAUUGGUCGUGCUGUGAGAAGAUUAAAAUCUAAGUACUCCAACUUUACGAAGGAAAUGUUUGAUCCCUUCGAUCCUGAGGUCUCUACACAUCUUAUCUGGAGUAGGCAUUUAGAGGAAGAGGUGGAUGAUGUAAUUGUUGCUACUAGAAUGUUUGAAGGGAUUGUAGGCGAUAUGCGGUAUGCUAAGGUGCAUGUAGAUAGCUCUAUUUGGAAGCAGAAGCUUACUGAGUCUCUUCAGGAGAAGACGCCUCAAGAGUUGUUUACUAUAAUAUCGGAAGGCUUAUCUUCUCCCUUUCACAGACAAUAUGUAGAGGCGAGAUGGGGAGAUAUACAAACGGACUUAGUAGGGACGAAAAUUCAAAUGGAAACAAACAAAGUCACAGAACAAGCACUUAGAGAUGCCCUCAAGAACGUCGCAGAUUCAAAGUAUUGGAGUCCUGGUCUUCCUCAGCAUCUUGUUAGUGGUUAUUGUUAUCUUUCUCGUCUGGAGGAGACAUUCAAGUAUCUGGAGAAAAAAGACAAGUUUCUUGAGUCUAUUAGCAGAAGAGACGUAGAGUCAGACGUAACUGAAGCUCUUAUGGAUGCGAUUCAAGAGGCAAUACGAAGAAGAGAAAAGUAUGGUGAUGAUGAAGAGGUUUUAAGUGCACUACACGAAGCAGCAACAGAGGCAAUUGCAGAUACAGAAAAACAAGUAGAAAGUAGUUUAAAAAGAGCAGAGAAAAAAGAGGCAGACAUCGCCCCCCCAUAUGACCCCAGCCUUCUUCCUCGGGUAGAGGUACUCCCAGAGCCUGAAGGGCCCGUCAUGACGCAAGAAGAAAGAGAAGAAGAUGUUCUUAGUGAAAACCCUGAAGCACUUGAUAUUAGAGAUCUUGGCGAUCUCACAGGUUUAACAUUACCAGACGUUAUGCAACUUAGACCGAAGAAAACGAAGAAACAAUGA